AAACAAAGCGAGGCUGAAUGGCUGGAUUUGUAUUUAUGCGUGGCCUCUCCGUGUGGGAGGGUUAUUUUGCGAGGGGUAGGGGUGGUGGCGACACGACCGUUAAAAGCUUGCCUUUCAAUUUCAGAAUUGAUUAUCAGGUUUGCGUGACUCCACAUGGUGGUUUGGUGUCUGAGGCACGGCAAUGCUUUAGAUGAGGUGAGAGGCAUGCCCCACAUGUCCCCCUGAGUGGGGGCAGAAGGGAAGCAACAGGAGGUUGGCACUGGGAGCGGACGGACUGGAUGAUUCGUGCAACAUUCGCCUGCGUACACGCCACGCUCUACGUCAGGAAUGUCCAAGUGUUGUCCGGCGAGGCGCACGACCAGCAGACGGCAGCCACACCUGGAGCGGAAUCGCCAGGGCAAAAGCGGAUCGAAUCGGGUUCAGAGAAGCCGAGAGAGCGCCUUGUGUUCUGGAUCAUGUCUGGGCUCCCCAGAGUGGUCCACAUGAGGAGGACUCACAUCACAGCUCUGCCGCUCUACUAUUCAGGACACCUGCUCAAGAAAGGCUCCUAUGAGACGGAGUACAAGAAGUUUUACGCAGAGCUGCGCGGAGACGCACUGUUUCUGUACAAAGACGACACGCAGGACACAUACACAGAGAAGCUAGACCUGCUGCAGAUCAAGUCCAUGCAGCUAGCGUCUCCAUAUCAGAUGAAGAUGCCGACCGUCUUCACCCUCAUCAUGCACACAGGGGAGGUCCACUUAAAGAUGGACAACCCUGACACAGGAGAGGAGUGGAGGGCUUACAUCCUGACCAUGGUUAACAAAGAGAUUCCCAGCCAGCUGCAGCUACUACCCGGCCAGAUGAUGCUGCUCCAGGACGCUCUCUCUCAGGAGAAGAGAAGAAUCACCCCGGAAGACAAACCUCCGCUCCCGCCUCGUCCCUGCUUCCUUAUGGCGGCUUCCUCCUCCCUUCCCCAACAAGUCAAAUCUGAUGGUGACCCCGAGCAGCUAGCAUGUUUCUUCAAUGUGACUCGACAGGAAGCCGAGCAGAUGUUGGAAGAGAACCCUCAAUGUGGAAGCAUCAUUCUGCGUCCGUCCACCCUGACCAACAACUACGCCGUCACCCUCAGACACGUCACAUCCGAGGGGCCUGUGAUGAAGAACUACCGGCUGACCCGCACCAAGUCGGGAUUUGUCAUCCAACUGGAGACAGCAGUGAGCGUUUCCUCCCUGAGUGAUGUAUUGGAAUAUUUCCUCCAGAAGACGGAAUACCACCUUCAUCCUUACACACUGGGCGACAUCUACAACACUCGCAUUGAAAUGACACCCCCUCCCGAGUGCAUCAGCCUCACUUCCCAUACGCCUAAAAGGGUAGCCAAAGCUCAAGUGUUGCCAACGGUGCGUUCAGGGACCAAGCCGGGGGAAGGUGAAUAUGUGUUUCCUGAAGAAGACAAUUUGAAUAAAAGGUGUGGAUGACAGAAGAAGCACAAGAGGGGGGGGGGUAGUCUAAAGUCAGAGGUUCCAUGUUUGGCUAACAAAUGAGUUUCAUGCUAUUGGAAAUUCUGUCAUUUAUGAUUAAAAUAUGACGCUAAUGCAGCGGUAAGAUGAAUAGUAGAAAUGGAGGGAUGUGGCUAAAGGAGUAAAAGGAGGGUGUAUGGAAAACCUUCCCAGGAGGAGCAUUUAUCCUUUAUUGUCCACACAAACACGAGCAGGUCAACAUAAGACUUUCAAUGGUUGUUUUUUUUUCAAAUACAUUGUUUAUCUUUCAUCAGUACCGUGGAUAAUGCCGGAGGUUUAAACGCUCACUCUUUUAAAAACAGCAAGACUGCAAAAAAUCUUCAAUAAAAAAAAACAAAAAAAAAUGAAACAAAGCCACGCCCUUUUGUCAUCCACUUUGUGUUCAUGUCACGCACUCUUGUCCUUCACACUUCAUAAAUAAAACAUCUGGAAUAACUUAACAUACCUCUGGGUUUAAAAAAGUAAAACCAGGAUAA